AACUUUUGAUUCGAGUUUUUAGUAGUUGGACAGUUUCACAAGUUAUCAAGGCCCCCAACCCCUCACCUCAUUCAUUUCCUUCACACAAGUAUGUCCCCACAGCUUUCCCCAACGACCCCAUAUAUCCUGAGCCACAUCCUCACACAGUAUAUCACUUCACACAGUAUGUCCCUACAGCUUUCCCCAACGACCCCUUAUAUCCUGACGAACAUCCUCACACAGUAUGUCACUUCACACAGUAUGUCCCCACAGCUUUCCCCAACGACCCCUUAUAUCCUGACGCACAUCCUCCUACAAGUCUCCCGACAAACCAGUGAGUUUCCCUUAUCGCUGAGUCUUUGCUCAUAAGCCCAGAGUGCCACCACUGCGCUCCUCUCACCUGGGUGAAAACGGCCCUCUCACUGGAAGGACACUCAUUCGAGAGGCACGGGAAUACACACACAACACUUUGUGGAGCACACCACUUAUGACUUUCGCCAAGGAAACUUCCAGAAGACCACAAUAGAAUUGUAUAAUCUGGAAAUACUGCACUGAGCACAAAGAAGAAUCCUUUAGAACGAGGUAGAUGUGGGAAGACUCACGGAAUCGACCAGUAGAUCCUUAGUAGUGCUCUGAACUCUUCAUUUUUACAGAGAAAGCACAGUGUUGUAAGCUGACGAUGUCCGACGGCAAUGCCACCGAUCUGUUUUGGGACAUAUUUUUCCACUGCACCAUGGAGAUGGACUACAAGUCCAGACGCAUCGUCAUCUUCUUCCUCUACCUCCUGGCCUUCUUGGCUGGCCUGGUGGCAAACUGCACCGUCGUGUGGGUCAACUGGCAGCGCCGCCACUCGCACAGACCCGCCACUUUCUGCACGCUCAACAUCUGCGUCUCGCACCUGAUGGUGAUGACGGUCAUGCCCGUCUUCCUCCUGGAGGUCAUGCUGGACUACGUGUGGGUGUGGGGCCAGUUCCUGUGUCGGUUCACCAACUUCCUCUACGAGUUCAACUACUACAGCACCUCCUUCUUCAUCGCGUACCUGACGGUAGAGCGCUACGUGGCGGUCACUCGCGGCCCCCUGCCGAGGCCCUGGGGACCGGCGGAAAAACGACGGCGAACGCUGAUCUGUGCCGGGUGCUGGAUCUUCGCUCUUGUGCUGACGCCGUUGAUGGUGACCAACGUGCAGUUGGUGGAGUACCACGCGCCUGGCUGCUACCUCAUGCCUGAGAAAGACUACGUCACCUGGGUGGUCGUCAUCACCAUGACCUCAAUGAUCUUCCAGUUUUUAAUCCCCGGGGCCAUCAUUAUCACCUGCAACUGGCUCAUAGUGAAAGCCUUGAAGGAGUCACCAGAGCUUCAAAGAUCCAUUGGCGUGAGCCCGAUGAUGUUUCACAUUUACUCUGCAGCAUUUGUGGUGUGCUGGCUACCAUACCACCUUGUCAGUCUCUUAAUAAUGGUGGACGACCUCGACCCACUAAUACUAAGUUGCAACUCCACAAACAUGUUAUAUUUUUCCUUUAACGUGCUGUUCUCCCUCACCCACCUCCACUACAUUGUCAACCCGAUCCUCUACAAUUUCCUGAACCCAGGCUUUCGUAGGAGCCUCUUCAGGGCAGUCGCCCAUUACCUGAGAAAGGAGGCAACGGCCCCUGCGGAGGACGGCGUGGAGGUCGAGAGGAAGGACAAGCCCCAGAACGCUAACCCGAGGAAGACGAGCAACGCCAGCACGAGUCACUCAGACGUGGACUCCUAAGUCGUAACACCGAAGCUAACCGGAAGACGUUUAACAAGCGGAGAUGAUUAAGGAGAAGCAAGAUGGUCCUGGAACAGACAGACAUCUCUUUUAGAGAGAGAAUGGAAGAACAUGUAAUGUGCGACUGAGAACAACCCAGCAGAACAUCUAGUUAGCCGUCUCUAUCCAGCAAUCAAGCAUGUAAACAUGGUUGCACAGUUGAAUGCUCUCCUCAGUGCGAUUGUUUUAGGAAUCAAUGUCUCUUAUCUGCUGCCUGACCUAUCUGAGUGUACAUUUUUACUGUGGUUCUAAGUGGCUGUGAAAUCCAAUAGACCUGCUGUAAGAUAACUAACACUACCUUAUGUUUAGAUAUGGCUACUUGCUUAAUACACCGGUUAACAUAUUAACUGGCCUUUUAUCUGUAAUCGUAUUACUUCAUUUUCACAUUUGUCAGAAAUACAUAGCUCUGCCAUUUUGCCUUUCAUUUUGUAGCAGAAAAAUCUGUUGAAAUAUUUUCGCCAAAUUAACGAUACUUUUUCGUUAAUCAUCUAACGCCAGCCUAGUCUCUAUGCAACUUCUCUUUUUGCUCUAAUUUCCCAAAUACAAAUGGGCCAUUCCAUGCCGACUCACUUGCAGGUCCCUACAUGACCAACUCAGUUUUUCUCCAAAUAUUUAUCAUAUAUAUCCGUACUCCAGAUAUGGGCACAGGCAAAGUUUGAAAUACCAAAAGAUUACAAAAUGAUGGCAAUUUGAAUAAAGGUACCCUCACACUAAUUUUCCACUUA